AUGAGAAAUGAGACGACAACGAAGAACGAUUAUAAAAAUUUUAAUAAUUAUAACGACUAUUUGGUUCCUGAGUUAUUUCCUCUUCAACAAGGACAGGAAUGGAACGGACGACAUGACGAUUCUCGCAAAUCAGGAAAGCUUCGCAGACACCCUGGAUCAAAUUCCGGAUACAGAUCUGUUCACGAAUUUCAAAAAUCGCCAAACUUUCAAAUCACACCUAAAUUUGAUAUGAGUCGAUACGCUGCCAGUCUAGAUGAGAAGACGAGGACAUUAAUUCAGGAAGGCCUAAUUGUGCCAAAGUGGAAUUUGGAGGAGUUUUCUGAAAUGCCCCAAUUUGUUGGUGCACCAGGUACAAAUUUUUCAAUAGAUUAA